CCCUCUCUCUCUCUCUUCUCUUCUGUCUCUCUCAUGUUACAUCUCGUUCCCAAAAUCCAACCCUAGAUUUGUCGGAAAUAAAACCAGAUCAAUCUCUCUCUCUCUCUCUGCCAUGUUAAGCCAAGUGUAAUCCUCUCUCUCGCUUUCCGGAAAACCCCUCUAAUCUCCCUGUCUCCCUCCUCGUCUGCCCUCUCUCUCUCUCUCUCUAUUUCCAUAUAUAUACUCCUUAGAUCUUCCUUCUCUCUUCUUGUGUCAAAAGACCAGGCCUAACGAUGGAGAUGUCCAGGAGACAAUCUCCAAACCUCGCCAUCUUUCUCAUGUCCACUGUUCUCAUCCAACACUUCACCGUCGUACUAUCGAUCGGCGUCAACUAUGGCACCCUCGGCGACAACCUACCACAACCGGCCCAAGUUGCUCAAUUUCUCAAAGAAAAAACUUUCAUCGACCGGAUCAAGCUCUUCGACGUCAACCCAGACAUCCUCCGAGCCUUCGCCGGUACCGGAAUCUUAGUCACAGUCACCGUCCCCAACGGCGAAAUCCCCAACCUCACCGACGUUCGAUACGCUCGCCGGUGGAUUAAUGUCAACAUCAAACCGUUUUACCCACAAACUAAAAUCAACUACAUAGCCGUCGGCAAUGAAAUCCUCCAUUGGGGACCUCAAGAACUGAUAGAUAAACUCGUUACUGCUAUGAGAAGUCUUCAUCAUGCUCUGAGUCUCUCCGGUAUUAAUGAUAUUAAGGUCUCAUCGCCUCAUUCUCUGGGCAUACUCGCUUCUUCUCAGCCACCAAGCACGGCACGGUUCAGAUCCGGUUGGGACAAGGGAACUUUAGCCCCAAUGCUACAGUUUCAUAGAGAAACCAAGUCACCUUUCAUGGUGAACCCUUACCCCUAUUUCGGGUACAGUCCAAAAAUGGCGAAUUUUGCUCUUUUCCGGCCCAACAGAGGCUAUUUUGACAGGUUCACGAACAAGACCUACACGAACAUGUUUGAUAUGUUGAUGGACGCUGUGUACAUGUCGAUGAGGAGAUUGGGCUAUGGCGAUGUGGACAUUGUUGCAGCGGAAACUGGGUGGCCGUCGCUGGGUGAAACUUUUGAGCCACAGUGCACUGUUGAAAAUGCAGCUUCGUACAAUGGGGGACUUUUACGGCAUGUUAGCUCCGGCGCUGGUACGCCAUUAAUGCCGGGACGGAAGUUUGAGACCUAUAUUUUUGGAUUGUUCAACGAGAAUCAGAAAUCGGGUUCGUUGGCUGAGAAGAAUUUCGGGCUUUUCCGGCCAGACUUCACACCGGUGUAUGAUAUCGGAAUUAUGCGCGGAGGACCAGUCCAGCCUCACCCUACUCCAAGUCCAGCACUACCAGCAGCACCAUCAAAGGGCAAAAAAUGGUGUGUACCAAAACCCGAAGCCAGCGACGCAGCAUUGCAGGCCAACAUAGACUAUGUGUGCAGCAAGGGAGCCGAUUGCAGUCCCAUUCAGGCCGGUGGGGCGUGCUUCCAGCCCAACACUGUCAGGGCCCAUGCAUCGUACGUCAUGAACGCUUUCUAUCAAGCCAAUGGUCGCAAUGACUUCAACUGUGAUUUCUCUAACACUGGUUCUGUCACCUUUGCUGAUCCAAGUUAUGGUGCAUGUCGAUACCUAUCUUGAGAUUACAAAUCAGCAAAUUAAAGAAGCAUAUGGAAUGCUUUCAAAAAACCAGCCUAUCUAUCUAACAUUUAUGAGAUAAAUUAUUUAUUUUGUGAGUAUUUAUGUUAUUCAUGUAUCCUUAACACUAAUUCAUCUCUUUUGAUGGCCAUCUCUUUUUUGACUCAUUUCACCUGUGUCUGUAUUUACUUUGUAUUGAGGAGAACUCAUUUCAGUUUUCGUAUGUAUGGCUAAAGAUGGCUUGUGGGUUCAUUGUUCACGUCUGUUGUAAGUUUUAUUUAGAUCAUGGUAUAACCAUGAUAUCUUGGUGCGUGUUAAUUAUCUUUGUCUAUAAAGUAUGAACGCUGCUGCUGCUUGCCAUUCAUUAUUGUGGCAAUAACAAUGGUUUGGCCCAAUCUCUAUUGGGGGUAGCAAUCCAUUGAGGUGGUUGGAAUUGAU